AUGUCGGUAGCAUCCACCAGCAGUCCCAACGAGGACUCGGACCCAGAAAAUACAAGCUCGUCCGAAGUUUGGCAGGAUGCACCUCAGACCAGCCCACAAGACGAAGAGCCAACACCGCGGGUGCGAUUUCGAUCAAAUGCGGGUUUUAUGCAGGGGGCUCGACAUAACCCGCCGGCACAAGCUCCCCGGGAAGAAUGGGAACAUUCUCACAGUCAAGGCCUGCCCCAUAGACCGACAAUGCCAUACUCCCAUGAAACCGAAGAUAUUACCGAUACGCCGCUGCAAGAUCGCGAGUCACAGCCGGGUGAGACAGAAGGUGUUGAAAGGAAAGACCAAAAGAAGCCACCGGAAGAUGAAAAGAAGGAAGAUGAGAAGGAGGAAGAAGAGAAGGAGCCCGAGACACCCGAGCAGCGAUCCACACGGGAGAAAUGGCGAGCCAUGACCAGGAACUUCAGACAGAAAGCAUCAGAGUUCGGUGACCGUCUGGGCCGCCCACAGGCUGAGGGAGACGACUUAUCAGCCGGGAAGUAUCACGCAGACUGGGCGACUGGCGGUGCAGUUGCUCUAUCUGAUAUGACAGAUGACAAGCACAAAAGUGUGGAAGCGAAGCAGCGGAACCAGAAAGGGACCAGCUCCGAGGCUCAUCGUCUGGUGCGAGAUUUGACCCAAGAUCAUUCCCAAAAACGCCGCAAGGGUCGUGGGAAGCCUUACCCUCACGCCGGGAACGAGUUUAAAGAAGAAGAGAAUGAGACAGGAGCAGAUGCGAGCUUGAGAUAUCGCUCUGGCGGAGGUGGGAUCCUGUCGCAGUUGAUCAAAUUGCAAGGUGGUCAGCAACAAGGUGCUGGAGGCCAGUCUCGAACCUCAACUGACUCAUCCCGCAGCACAGAAUCCGCCCCCACCGGGGCCCCAACCCCAACAGGGGCCCCAGCUGGAGCUCCAGCCCCCAAGAAGGGAAAGCCACUGAAGUGGUACAAAAAGCCCCAAAAUACGUCCACCUCGACCUUGAUUGGCGGGAGCGCUGAAAGUUUCAGUGGAGCGAGCACCCCUGUUUCGAGCGAGAUCCUGUCACAAGCCUCGAAGCGUCGCGACAAGGAGGGUGGUGGUGCUGCCGCUGUUGGCGGUGGUGGUGGUGGUGGUGGAGGUCGCAAUAUGCGGCUUGAGGAUGAAAUUCGAGUUACAGUGCACAUUGCAGAGAUUAUCUGCCGGCAGCGGUAUAUUAUGCAGCUCUGCAGAGCGUUGAUGUUAUUCGGUGCUCCCACACAUAGACUUGAAGAGUACAUGCAGAUGACCUCAAAAGUGUUGGAGGUUGACAGCCAAUUCCUGUACCUGCCAGGCUGCAUGGUCAUGUCGUUCGAUGACCCUUCUACUCGCACGACGGAGGUGAAGCUGGUUCGUGUAGCCCAGGGAAUUGAUUUGGCUCGCCUAUCGGACACACAUCUCAUCUACAAGAAUGUAAUCCAUGAUGUGAUCGGCAUUGAAGAAGCAAUCCAGGAGCUCGAUUCAGUCAUCAAGAAAAAACCUCAGUAUCACAAGGUCAUCGUUGUCUUGGUGUAUGGGCUGGCCACUGCAACUGUGGGGCCUUUCGCCUUUAGUGCCAGGCCGAUUGACAUGCCAAUCAUUUUUCUCAAUGGUAUUCUUGUCGGUUUAAUGCAACAUGUCGCCGCGCCUCGCUCAGUGUUGUAUUCGAAUGUCUUUGAAGUGACAUCGACAGUGGUGACGUCCUUCCUCGCCCGAGCCUUCGGCAGCAUCGCCAUUGGAGUUGUGGAUGGCAAACCACAGUACCUCUUUUGCUUUUCUGCCAUCGCGCAAUCAUCGAUUGCAUUGAUAUUGCCAGGUUUCCUUGUUCUUUGUAGCAGCUUGGAACUUCAGUCCCAUCAGAUCAUCGCUGGCUCGAUUCGGAUGGUCUACGCUCUCCUCUUUUCGUUGUUCAUUGGAUAUGGAAUUACCGUUGGCACAACCAUCUAUGGGCUGAUAGACAACAAUGCGGUAUCCGACACUCAAUGCCCAGAAAAGGGGGCCUUUAAGAAUCCGUAUGUUCAACGGUUCCCAUUCGUCGCAAUCCAGACAGUCUGGCUUUUGAUCAUCAACCAAGGAAAAUGGAAACAGCUCCCACCCAUGAGCAUCAUCGCACUGGCGGGCUAUAUUAGCAACUACUUCAGCACGAAGAAACUGGGAUCGAACUCUCAGGUUGCGAACACAGUCGGCGCGUUUGUCGUCGGUAUCAUGGGAAACAUAUACAGCCGGUUCUGGCAUGGCCACGCUGCGACCGCUAUUCUGCCAGCCAUUUUCGUUCUAGUUCCAUCGGGACUUGCUGCGACAGGUUCUUUGAUCUCGGGUGUACAGUCUGCGGAUGAAAUUCGUAACAAUGUCGGGUCUCAUGGUGGUGGCGCCGGUUCAGGGCCCGGGGCUGGCUUAUCGUCUGGUAAUUCAGUAUUUAGUCUAGGGUUUGGUAUGAUCCAGGUAGCUAUUGGUAUCACGAUUGGUUUGUUCAUUUCCGCGCUGGUGGUUUAUCCAUACGGUAAGGCCCGCAGCGGACUGUUUAGUUUCUAG